UGGUGGUGUUUUGUGAACUUUAAACUUUUUAUGAUUUUGAAUUGUCUAUUUGAGAUCUGCAAUAGAAAGACUGAAGUUCGAACGCAAUGACUUGUGCAACAAUCUUGUUGAAGUGCCUUAUUCUCCCACUUCUUUAUCAAGAGGUCAAUGCGGAAUUUGUAAUAGAAUGGGUUAAUUGUACCUCUGACAAUCAUGAAAUUUCGAGAUACGAAGUGUGUUCGGUGAGCUCUAACAAGCGAAAUCAACAGACAUUUUCGUAUUAUGCGAAAAUUUUUACAACCGUCUCAGCUUGUGAUACAAGGGUGGAAAUCAUUUACUUAACACCCCCCAAGCCCUUAACUCUGGCCAAUAUCUCCUUUGAUGCCUGUGAGUUAUUAAAAGGUCGCAAGCGAUUUGUGGCAGCCAAGCGAUUGUUCGACAUAAUUGAAAAGCAUAUUAAUUUCAAUCACACCUGUCCCUAUAACCAUGAUGUUUUUGGCACAAAUAUUACACUGGCUCCAGAAAAACUUCCAUUCCCAAAGCCGCAUGGAAAAUAUUCCGUCAAAAUUUCUUUCUAUGUUAACGGCAAGGCGAAUACAAUGAUGGUCGCUGGUGUUGGACGUGUUAUGUAAUCUAAACUUGAAGCUUGUGUCAAUGGUCGCAAAUAUAAUCUUUUGUCUAUUAUCUUAAAAUGA